CGGCGCCGUUUCCGCUUCCGCUCCGUCUCUGCUCCCGUCCCGUUACCGCCUCCUGGCCGGCCUCGCGCCUUUCACCGGCACCUUGUGUCGGCCGUACUGCCGGGCCCGCUCCUGCCACGCGUGCCCCCGGGGCUCCGGCGCCGGCACGGGUCGCGUCCCGCUCGCCUGCUCCUGAGGCCGCUGGCCAGCAGCCGCCAUGGGUGCCUACCUCUCCCAACCCAACACGGUGAAGUGCUCUGGGGACGGGGUCGGCGCCUCGCGCCUGCCGCUGCCCUACGGUUUCUCCGCCAUGCAAGGCUGGCGCGUCUCCAUGGAGGAUGCUCACAACUGUAUUCCUGAGCUGGACAGUGAGACAGCAAUGUUUUCUGUCUAUGAUGGACAUGGAGGGGAGGAAGUUGCCUUGUACUGUGCCAAAUAUCUUCCUGAUAUCAUCAAAGAUCAGAAGGCCUACAAAGAAGGCAAGCUACAAAAGGCAUUAGAAGAUGCCUUCUUGGCUAUUGAUGCCAAACUGACCACUGAGGAAGUCAUAAAGGAGUUGGCACAGAUUGCAGGGCGACCCACUGAGGAUGAGGAUGAAAAAGAAAAAGUAGCUGAUGAAGAUGAUGUGGACAAUGAGGAAGCUGCGCUGCUGCAUGAAGAGGCUACCAUGACUAUUGAAGAGCUGCUCACGCGCUACGGGCAGAACUGUCACAAGGGUGCUCCCCACAGCAAAUCUGGAGCUGGGACAGGCGAGGAACCAGGGUCCCAGGGCCUCAAUGGGGAAGCCGGACCUGAGGACCCAUCUAGGGAAACUUCUUCAGAGGAAAAUGGCCCCACAGCCAAGGCCCACACAGGCCUUUCCUCCAACUCAGAACGUGGGACUGAGGCAGGCCAAGGUGGCGAACCUGGCACUCCCACUGGUGAGGCUGGGCCUUCCUGCUCUUCAGCCUCUGACAAGCUGCCUCGAAUUGCUAAGUCCAAGUUCUUUGAGGACAGUGAGGAUGAGUCAGAUGAGGCAGAGGAGGAAGAGGAAGACAGUGAGGAAUGCAGUGAGGAAGAGGAUGGCUACAGCAGUGAAGAAGCAGAGAAUGAGGAAGAUGAGGAUGACACUGAGGAGGCUGAAGAAGACGAGGAAGAAGAGGAGAUGAUGGUGCCUGGCAUGGAAGGCAAAGAGGAGCCUGGCUCUGACAGCGGCACAACAGCGGUGGUGGCCCUGAUACGAGGGAAGCAGUUGAUUGUAGCCAAUGCGGGAGACUCUCGUUGUGUGGUGUCUGAGGCUGGCAAAGCUUUAGACAUGUCCUAUGACCACAAACCAGAGGAUGAAGUGGAGCUAGCACGCAUCAAGAAUGCUGGUGGCAAGGUCACCAUGGAUGGGCGAGUCAACGGGGGCCUCAACCUCUCCAGAGCCAUUGGAGACCACUUCUACAAGAGAAAUAAGAACUUGCCACCUGAGGAACAGAUGAUUUCAGCCCUUCCUGACAUCAAGGUGCUGACUCUCACUGACGACCACGAAUUCAUGGUCAUUGCCUGUGAUGGCAUAUGGAAUGUGAUGAGCAGCCAGGAAGUUAUAGACUUUAUUCAAUCAAAGAUCAGUCAGCGUGAUGAAAAUGGGGAGCUUCGGUUAUUGUCAUCCAUUGUGGAAGAGCUGCUGGAUCAGUGCCUGGCACCAGAUACUUCUGGGGACGGUACAGGGUGUGACAACAUGACCUGCAUCAUCAUUUGCUUCAAGCCCCGAAACACAGCAGAACUUCAGCCAGAGAGUGGCAAGCGGAAACUGGAGGAGGUGCUCUCUUCUGAGGGGGCUGAAGAAAAUGGCAACAGUGACAAUAAGAAGAAAGCCAAGCGGGACUAACGGUUGUCCAGACCCCUGCCCACCUAGACUGUUUUCUGAGCCCUCUGGACCUGAGACUGAGUUUUGUCUUUUUUCCUUUAGCCUUAGCAGUGGUUAUGAGGUGUGCAGGGGGAGCUGGGUGGCUUUACUCAGCCCAUUCCAAAGAGGGCUCUCCCUCCACACAGCAGCCUGGGAGCCUCUGCUGUCUUCCCUGGCCUUCUCCUUGCUCCUUGGGGCUCAUCACCGGUUCUGUGCCUGUGCUCUGUUGUGUUGGAGGGAAGACUGGCGGUUCUGGUUUUUACUCUGUGAACUUUAUUUAAGGACAUUCUUUUUUAUUGGCGGCUCCAUGGCCCCCAGCCGCUUGCACCCGCUCUCUGUUGUACACUUUCAAUCAACACUUUUUCAGACUAAAGGCCAAAACCUAA